AUGGAUGCAAGUGAUGGGACACGUCCGGUCUCCCGCUCCUCUUACUCCGAUGGUUCCGAGGAGCCUCUUAUCGGAAAGGUCAAUGACGAAGGGGGCUUUCAAUAUCCGCGUCUCUCUAAAAUUCGAUCGGUUUUGAUCAUAGCAAGUUUGGCUGGGACAAACCUUUCCAGCAGUAUGUCCCACGGCCUAAUCACCGUGGGUAUACCAUAUAUCGCCUCGGAUUUGCGGUUGCCAGAUCAUCUUUUAUUAUGGCCAUCGUCUGUCGCUGCCACGGAAAAUCUAUCUAACAAGUAUCUCUCACACAGCUUGGCGAGUGGAUGCUGUUUACUUAUUGCCGGAGCACUAGCAGACCUAGUUGGCGAUCGACUUAUCAAUAUUAUCGGCACUAUAUUACUUGCUAUUUCCGCUUUUGGGUCAGCAAUGGCUACGUCAGGCUUUUCCAUGAUCGGCUUCCGCUUGGUCGAAGGCAUCGGCGUUUCUAUGUGUCUUCCAACCGGGGUUAGCGUGAUUACUCGGUCGUUUCCACCGGGAAGACGACGGAAUGUUGGGUUUGGAUGCCUGGGCUUGUCCCAACCCCUCGGCUUUUCCCUGGGAAUGGCCCUUGAAGGCGUAUUUGCGACUGCUCCAAAUGGCUGGCGAUAUGGGUUUUACUUCUGCGCGGGGAUCGGGCUUGGUUUUACCGUGUCCAGCAUCUUAACUUUGCCAAAGGACUACGAGAGACCCAAUUUCCACUGGCGCCGGGUCUUGUACGAUAUCGACUGGAUUGGUGCUCUUGUUGCCAGUGCUUGUUUGGGUAUCAUAUCUUAUAUCUGCGCUGUCCUCACGGAAGACAUUUCAAACCUGUAUCAGGUAAAGCAGAUCGUGUUAAUUCUCAUCGCGAUGAUUUUGAUACCUGUGUUCGUAUUCUGGAUGGAUUUCCAAGAAACCCGUGGAAAGCCAGUUUUGAUUCCAAAUUCAUUGUGGAGCAAUACAGCGUUCGUCGCCAUCUCAAUGGUGGUGUUCAUGACAUGGGGCGUUCUGCAAGGGUCGGAACUCUUCCUAAGUCUAUUCUUCCAGAAAAUCCAGCAUUUGUCUCCCCUGGAAACAUCGGUAAAUCUGCUCCCGAAUAUAUUUAUCGGUAUAGUAUUGAACGUCACUACUGGGUUGAUAGUGCAUGCUAUCAGGGUCAAUUACCUCAUUGUUUUGACGGCUACGCUUGCCGCGGUUUCGCCAUUGUUGAUGGCCUUUGUUGACCCGAAAUGGAAUUACUGGACCUGUGCUUUUUGGGCUGUUCUUCUGGGACCGGUGUCCGUCGAUGUGGUUUUUACUGUGGCGCACCUUCUUAUUACCGAUAUAUUUGCUCCUUCGACACAUGCUUUGGCGGGGGCCGUUUUCAAUACUAUUGCGCAACUCGGGACCUCAGUUGGACUGUGCGUGAUCGCCGUUGUAUCGGCGGCGGUGCAGCAUUCUUCGAACUAUCCCAAAGAUUCUCCCGAUGCACUAAUAUCGGGAUAUAGAGCAGCAUUCUGGACCUGCUUUGCAAUGAUGGUAACCACCGUUAUCAUCAGCUCUGUUGGAUUGCGGAAUAUUCGUAAACUGGGUGCAACGACCACUGAAAAUUGGAGUUAAACGUCAGGGAAGUUGAGUUGGAGAUAGGAAAAAAAGGCAUAUUGCAUUAACAGUUUGCGUCAUGGGUUGCUCAUUGGCUAGUUUUGCCCGGGUUUCAACAUGUGACUAUUUAUUCGUAGAUCGUCUCGACUAAGAUGACACGGCUACCGUGCGGCUGAAGGGGUCCCCAUGCUACCGGGAAAUAUGAAGUUCAGCAACGCAGCGUGACCAGGCUUGACGUUUCCUGCCAGGAGAGGAACGAGAUAUGUUCACUGCUAUCUGCAUCCGAAUAUUGCAUAUCGCCGUGGCUGGGGAUCCAAAUGGAGUACGUGGUAGACCAUCACUACGCCUUUAACAACCCAUAGUCGAUUAGCUACUAAAGUCGCG